AUGAAAGAGGAUCGGCGUCUUCCUCACUACCUCCACUUCUUGUCAAAGUUCUCUAAAACCAAGACAGCUUACGUUUUCUUCAUACUGCUAACCUACGCCUUUGGUUACCUCUCCGCCUACUACCAUCGUCAACCGCCUCAGCAGCCAGAGUCUACAUCGGCGGUGAGAACCGUCAAGUGCCCGAUAGACAGUUUCCGAGUAACGACACGCUGCGGAGAUCUUGUUCCGCCCGAGUUAAUUCGCCGAACUGUUAUCGACCGGAUCUUCAACGGAACUUCUCCGUACACUGAUUUCCCGCCACCACACGCCGCUAAAUACCUCCGGCCAAAAAGAAUAAAAGGCUGGGGGUCGUACGGAGCCGUCUUCGAGAAUCUAAUCCGCCGAGUCAAACCUCGGACGAUCGUCGAAAUCGGGAGCUUCCUAGGCGCGUCGGCGAUUCACAUGGCGAAUCUCACGCGCCGCCUCGGGCUCGAGGACACUCAGAUUCUCUGCGUCGACGAUUUCCGUGGCUGGCCAGGCUUUCGAGACCGGUUUAAAGAUGUGGCUUUGGUAAACGGCGACGUUUUGCUUAUGUACCAGUUUAUGCAAAACGUGGUCAGCUCGGACUUUUCCGGUUCGAUUUUGCCGGUUCCUUUCUCGACCGGUUCGGCUUUGGAGAAGCUGUGUGAGUGGGGAGUGACGGCGGAUCUGGUGGAGAUAGACGCGGGUCACGACUUCAAUUCAGCUUGGGCGGAUAUAAACCGGGCGGUUAGGAUACUCCGACCAGGCGGAGUUUUGUUCGGUCACGAUUAUUUCACGGCGGCGGAUAAUAGAGGAGUGAGAAGAGCCGUGAAUUUGUUCGCAGAGAUCAACCGGUUGAAAGUCAAAACCGAUGGUCAACAUUGGGUUAUCGAUUCGGUUAACGUAAAUUGA